CAAUUCAAUUUCAAUUCAUUUCUUAACCUCAUACUUGUUGUAAAUUGUAAAUAAGACUCGUACAUUACGUACAAAAUUAAUGGUGUUAUGGCCAUUUUAUUGUUCUUUUCUCUAGUUGUUUAUAAAUAUAACGUUUAAUCAUAUCAGACGUACACUAUUUACAACUAAUCAUGUAAAUGCAUUAAUACUUUAUACAAUAAUAGAAUAAUUUUACAGUGAAAGAUAUGGCAACUGAGGAGGGAAACCGCAACUCAGCGUUGCCGUCUCUAGAGGAGACUGGUCAGUGCGUGACUAGCACGUCGCAACAUGCAGGAAACAGUAGAGAACCAAGUACAGUUAGACCUCAGGAGCAAAACAGUCGACAGAACAACUUGCAAAGAAUACAACAGAGAAAGCAGCAGAUGUUAAACUUACCACAAAUGAAGAAAAUAUUAAAAAUUGCAACAUACAGCGCAUGUAAGGUUGAUGAUUGCAAGUGCAUUGGCUGGAAGAACUCCCAGAUGAUAACUAAGGUCAAAAAUGACACGCAACAACCUGUUAUAAAUUUCUUUGACCCUUGCCAAAGUUGCAAGCAUGUCUUGGAAAAUCAUGUUUCGCACUUGACUAAUCAGUCUGAGGAGGAGAUUAAUAAACUACUAUGCAUGGUCAUAGAUGCGGACAAUAUUUUUCUGGGGUUGCAAAAAGAAGAAGAUCCUGACACAAAGAAAGUUUAUUUCUACUUAUACAAACUUUUAAGAAAAUGUAUACAAUCUAUGACCAAGCCGACAAUAGAAGGUCCUUUAGGGCAGCCACCCUUCGAACGACCUAGUAUAGCAAAAGCGGUCAUGAAUUUUGUUGCGUACAAAUACGGUCACUUGCCACAAAGAGACAUGCAGGCCAUGUGUGACAUGGCAAAAAUGUUUCUACACUGUUUGAAUCAUUGGAAUUUUGAUCCGCUCAGUGCUAGAAGAGGCACGAUUAGUGUAGAAGAAGCUCCUGCAUAUAAAAUUAAUCAUACCCGUUGGCUUGUAUUUUGUCAUAUACCGGCAUUCUGUGAUUCCCUGCCUCAUUAUGACACAUCUUUGGUUUUUGGACGAACGUUCGUACAAGCUGUUUUCAAGCCAGUUUCCAGGCAGUUGCUGGAUAAAUGCCACAGUGAACGAGAUAAGUUAGCACCAGAGAAAAGAGUAAUAGUCUUAACACAUUUCCCUAAAUUCCUCUCCAUGUUAGAAGCAGAGAUUUACUCUGAUAAUUCUCCAAUUUGGGACUCUGAUUUCAAGCAAGUACCACCCACCUAUUUACAAUCCGCAUUGGAAUCAAAAGCAAAUCAAGGAAGAAGAACAGGUGAAUUUGAGAAGGUCACAGUACCACCAAACGACAAAGAUAAUUACACGACAAUUAAUAUAAGCCCUGGAAUGAAGAAAAUUCACGAAAAAAGAUCACAUUCCGAGGGACGUUCAGAUGUGAAAAGAAGAAAGAACGAGGAAACUUUUGAAGAUUUAUCAGAGGAAACAGUUGCUGAAAUUGUAGCGACUAUUAACGACCCCAAUUACAUGUGCGGACCCGAUGCAGUAUUUCCUCCAAAUGUCCCGCGAGAUGAAACUGCCAAGAUUGAGGAAAGUAGAAAGAUCAUAGAAUUCCACGUGGUUGGAAAUAGUUUGACACAGCCAGUUUCUAAACAAACAAUGCUUUGGUUGAUUGGAUUACAUAAUGUAUUUAGCCAUCAAUUGCCUAGAAUGCCAAAAGAGUAUAUAUCUCAAUUAGUCUUUGAUCCAAAGCAUAAAACGCUAGCUCUGAUAAAAGAUGGCCGGCCAAUUGGUGGCAUCUGUUUCCGAAUGUUCCCUACUCAGGGCUUUACAGAAAUAGUAUUUUGUGCUGUCACGAGUCAAGAACAAGUGAAAGGUUACGGUACACAUUUAAUGAACAUGCUUAAAGACUAUCAUAUAAAAAACAAUAUAUUACAUUUCCUCACGUUUGCUGACGAAUUUGCAAUCGGAUAUUUCAAGAAGCAAGGUUUUAGCAAGGACAUAAAAUUGCCUCGGUCAAUGUAUCAAGGAUAUAUUAAAGAUUAUGAAGGGGCAACACUGAUGCAUUGUGAAUUGAAUGCAAAAAUUGUAUAUACUGAAUUUACGGCUGUCAUACGAAAGCAGAAAGAAAUUAUUAAAAAGUUAAUCCAUCAGAGGCAGCAAGAGAUACAGAAAGUUCACCCUGGUUUGACAUGCUUCAAAGAAGGUGUCAGGGGAAUUCCAGUUGAAUCUAUUCCUGGUAUUCGUGAAACUGGUUGGAAAAGUUACACUCAGACCAGAACCAGAGGAGUAGCCAAAGGAACUCAAGGGCCAGAACCAAUGGAAGCGUGUUUGGAUAUUACUGACUCGUUGUACAAUGCGUUAAAAAAUGUUUUAAAUAGCGUAAAAAAUCACAGUACCGCGUGGCCAUUUUUAAAGCCUGUAGAUAAGAACGAAGUGCCCGAUUAUUAUGAUCAUAUUAAAUAUCCAAUGGAUCUUAAAACUAUGAGCGAUCGGCUGAAAGCUAGGUAUUACGUUACGAGGAGAUUAUUUAUUGCGGACAUGACACGAAUUUUCACCAAUUGCCGCUUGUACAAUAGUCCUGACACUGAAUAUUAUCGAUGUGCUAAUGCUUUAGAGAAAUAUUUUCAAACGAGAAUGAAGGAAAUUGGUUUUUGGGAUAAGUAGAAUUCAUGGAUUGAAAAAUGAAUGUUAAUUACAUUUUUAUGCUGUUUGUAUACAUGGUGUCCGCAUUUUUUUCGCAAUGAAGUCAAUAUUUCUUUCAUAAAUGGUAAUAGUUUUGAAAAAAGUGGAAGAGAAAAAAAGUUGUAAUUGUACAACUUGAACAAUAUUGCAAAUAUACAAAAUUGAAGUGCACCAAGUGUGCAUAAAAACAUUAUAAUUCUUUCGCUUUUUCCAAAAACUUAUUACUUACGAGAAAAAUGAUCACCCAUUAUACCGUAAAUACCCUGUACAUAGAAAUUAAAAACUAGUCAAUUAAAAAAAAAAACAAAUUUUUGAAAAAUACAGAAAGUGAUAUUAAA